GGGCCAGGUGGUUCCACUUGGACAGUAUGAGUUCUAAAGGAGGCGGGACGGCUCUGACCCGCCGCAACUACAGACUGGCUUCAGACACAGACAAACCCAGAUCCACAGGUAUCGUGAAUGAGAAGCUGCUGAGUGACUACCUGCAUCAUGUGUUUCCUUCGACCAAAAGGGAGCCUCGCUGGCGUCGCUCAGAUGAGCCUGUUGAAGGUCGUCUUGGUCCUCAGCCAGUCGUCUUGGAUCACACCAGUGGUUUUGAAGGACUUCUGUUUGUGGAUGACGACCUGCUCGGGGUCAUCGGUCACAGCAACUUCAGCUCCAUCAGAGCCACCACCUGUGUUUACAAAGGGAAGUGGGCUUACGAGGUGCUGAUCUCCUCCCAGGGUCUAAUGCAGAUCGGGUGGUGUACUCUGAACUGUCGCUUCAACCAGGAGGAGGGCGUCGGUGACACUCCAGACUCUUACGCUUACGACGGAAACAGAGUGAGGAAGUGGAACGUGACGACCACAAACUACGGGAAGUCGUGGGCGGCCGGAGACAUCGUGAGCUGCCUGAUAGACCUGGAUGAGGGAACCAUCACGUUCUGCCUGAACGGUCAGUCUCUGGGCACAGCCUUCACCAACAUUAAGAUGGGUCCGGGCGUGGCGUACUUUCCUGCCAUCAGCCUGUCCUUCAAAGAGUCGGUGGCCUUUAACUUUGGCAGCAGACCUCUCAGGUACCCCGUGGACGGGUACUUGCCCCUCCAGAACCCCCCGACUACAGACCUGACCAAAGCUCACAAACUGCUGGGCUACAUGAAGAACGUGCUGUCCACUGCCAUCGACGCUCAGGAGGACCGGCUGGUGGACAAAGACUUUACGUCUUGGAGGCUUCAUGGAGAACCCACAGUGCUCGUCACUCUGGCUCACAUCUUCAACCACUUCGCUCCACUCAUGUGCAAAGUCUACCUGGUGGAGGACGUGCUGAUGAACUUCCUGUUGGGGAUUCUGGAGGGAGGAGGCUCCGUCAAUGAACACCCGCUGAUCCAACAGCUCCUGGACCUGUUCUGGCUACUGAUGGAGGACUACGAGGUGAACGAGUGUCUGAAGCAGCUCAUGAUGUCUCUGCUGAGGGCCUAUCGGUUCUCCCCCAUCAUCCCAGACCUGGGCUUCCAGAUCCACUACCUGCGUCUCACAACAGCCAUCCUGCACCACGAGAAAUCCAGGAAGUACCUGCUCAACAACGUCUUGUUCGAUGUUCUGCGCUCCGUUGUGUUUUUUUACAUCAAGACCCCUCUGAGGGUGAAGGAGGCGGGGCUAGAGGAGCUCAUCCCGACCACCUGGUGGCCCACGCACUUUGACAAGGAGGGGAAAGAUGAGCGCGAGCCUGCAGACGAGAGCGCAGACGAGCGCCUGAGGCGGCGAGCGUACGAGCGAGGCUGCCAGAGGCUGAAGAAGAGGAUCGAAGUGGUUGAAGAGUUGCAAGUACAAAUCCUGAAGUUGCUGCUCAACAACAAAGACAAAACUACGGGAGAAGCCUCACGCUACAUUUUCCUGAAUAAAUUCAGGAAGUUUCUCCAAGAAAAUGCCAGCAACAGAGGGCACCCCACAGCUCUGUGUCCUCCUGAGUACAUGGUGUGUUUCCUUCACCGCCUCAUCACGGCUGUGAGGGCGAGCUGGGAUGACGGCAACAGGAAAAGUCCGGGCAGCGUCGGCAGCGACGAGGCGUACGUCCCUCCUCAGCUCUUCUACAAUGGGAAGGUCGACUAUUUUGACCUGCAGAGACUUGGAGGACUCCUGUCCCACCUGAAGAAGACACUCAAAGAUGACUUGGCGAGUAAAGCUAACAUCAUCAUCGACCCUGCAGAGAUCCAGGCCACAUCAAUGGACGACCUUGACGAGGACGAGGAGAGCGGAGCCGCUCAGAGGCCGUUUGGUGCAGUGGCGAUGGGCGGAGCUCUGGCGAGGCCCAGCUGGUUGAGUUCUCCCACUCUGGGUCGGGCCAAUCGUUUCCUGAGCACGGCCGCCGUCAGCCUCAUGACGCCCAGGCGGCCGCUCACGCAACCGGAGAAGGUCAAAGUCCGCACACUGGCCGUGGAGCAGAGGACUGAGGAGGACAUUGAGGGGAGCCAUGGUAACGACGGCCUGUUGCUGGGUCGACCGCUGGAGGAGCCCGACCAGCCAAUCGCAGACAAGUCCCUGCUGGAAAUUGUUGACGGGAUCGUGAUGAUGUACAACCUGAGUGUUCAUCAGCAGCUGGGAAAGAUGGUCGUGGUUUCUGAUGAUGUCCAUGAAUACGCUGUCGCUCUAAAGGACACCGAGGAGAAGAUUGCCCGAUGUCCAGCGAGGAGACCGGACAUCCUGGAGGAGCUCCAGAAGAGCCAGAAGGUUUUUGCAGAGAAGCUGAACCACCUCAGCAGGAGACUGGCCUGGAUCAACGCCACCAUCUACUCCAAGGACAAGAUGUUGGACGUGUACUGGCUGCUGUGUGUUUGUAUUCGGACCAUUGAACACGCCGACAACACCGGCUCUUUGUUCGCCUUCGCUCCAGAGUUCUACCUCAACGUGGCCAUGAAUGCGUACAGCGCCCUGAAGAACUAUUUCAGUCCUGCCAACAGCAUGGAGGAGCUGCCAGGAUACGAAGAAACUUUGACCCAACUCGCUGCUAUCCUCGCCAAACACUUCGCAGAUCCACGAAUAGUCGGAACAGAUAUUAAAGACUCUCUGAUGCAGGCCCUCGCCAGCUACGUCUGUUACCCACAAUCCCUCAGGGCGGUGGAGAGGAUCCCGGAGGAACAACGCGUGGCCAUGAUGAGGAACCUGUUGGCUCCAUACGAACAGAGACCGUGGGCUCAGACCAACUGGAUCCUGGUCAGACUGUGGAGGGGUUGUGGUUUCGGGUACAGGUACACUCGUCUUCCUCACCUUCUGAAGACCAAACCAGAGGAUGCCAACCUGCCCAGUUUGCAGAAGCCGUGUCCGUCGUUGCUGCUGCAGAAACACAUGGCAGAGCUGCUGAGCAUGGACAAAGACAUGGCCGCCUCCUUCCUCAACAGCGUCCUCAACCAACUCAACUGGGCAUUCUCCGAGUUCAUCGGGAUGAUCCAAGAGAUCCAGCAGGCUGCUGAACGUCCAGAGAGAAACUUUGUGGACACUCGUCAGCUGAAGGUGUGUGCAACGUGCUUCGACCUGUCGGUCAGUCUGCUGCGGGUCCUGGAGAUGACGGUCACUCUGGUUCCAGAGAUCUUCCUGGACUGGUCCCGCCCAUCUGCAGAGCUGCUGCUCAGGCGACUUGCUCAGCUGUUGAACCAGGUGUUGAACAGAGUGACUGCCGAGAAGAACCUGUUUGAUCGAGUCGUCAACCUGAGACUGCCAGGUCUGGAAAGCGUCGACCACUACCCCAUCCUGGUGGCUGUGACCGGCAUCCUGGUUCGGAUCCUUGUGGACGGAGACCGACAGGGGACUUCUCGAGCUGCCUCCAUCCUCCUGUCUGACCCGUGCUUCCAGCUCCACUCCAUCCAGCACCUGUUGGGAGAGGGCGGAGACUCCUCAUCAGCCUCCGUCAGCUCCGCUUCCUGUCCGGUGGUCUGGUACCUCGGCUCGUCUGUCGCCCCACCAAUACCGCCGGCCGCCACCGGAACCACAAGCUCGUCAGACCGCAAACACUUCUCGCUGCAUGCAUACACGGACUACAUCAGUCAGGAGGAGAAACAGAAGGUGGAGCUGAUGUUGGCGUUUCUCACUGAAGAGUCCAAACAGGCUGCAGCGAGUUCAGCUCCGACGAGUGAAGAAGACCUCUGUCCGAUCUGCUACGCUCACUCCAUCUCUGCCAUCUUCAAACCCUGUUCACACAAGUCCUGCAAAGCGUGCAUCAACCAGCAUCUGAUGAACAACAAGGACUGUUUCUUCUGCAAAGCCACCAUCACCGGGGUCGAAGACUACAGCAAGCCCGCCACCUCCUAACACACACACACACACACACACACACACACACACACACACGUUGGCUGUACAGAUGAUCAAACACUUCCUGUGUCUCAAACGUCUCAUCUCAGUGAACACACAGAUUUCUCACCGAUGUCACACAGUGUGUGUGUGUGUGUGUGUGUGUGUGUGUGUGUCUGUAAAGUUCACUCACUGUCACAUGACAGCCUGACAUGCUGAACACACACAUCUGUUCACGUGAAGUCUGAAAUCCCAGCAUGCAUUGGGAGAAAGAAGGCACGAAGACGGUUUGAAACUCAACAUGGCCGCUGUCAGAAGCUGCAUCAUGAACCAGUUUGACCCGGUUUGCAAACAGCCAAUCAUCAACCAGGUCACCAACAGCUUCUUCUUCUCCUUCUUCUUGGUGGUCCAAACACUAACGGUGCUGUGAGUGGUGCAGUAUCAACACGAUUUAAAUUCUGUUAGUUCAUUAAAGUUACACAGUGAGGCCAUUUGUUUCUGCUCUAUAUGUGUGGUUCCCUUUUUGUUUCUUUCAUUUGAGACAAACAAGCUAAAAGUUUUUCUGUAGAUAUUCAUUAUAUAUAAUAUUAUAUAAAA